AUGAUUCUGGAGAGGGCGAAUGGCGGAGGAAUCAUCGGACCGCCGGGUCCUCCCGGACCCAAAGGUGAAGCCAGGGAGGACGGAUCUGGAGGUCCGGGUGGAGCAAUGACUGGACCAAGAGGAUCUCGUGGGCCUAAGGGUGAAAGAGGUGUCCCUGGGCUUCCUGGAGACCCAGGAGAAAAAGGUGAAACUGGAAUCGGCAUCAGAGGACCCACUGGUCCAAUGGGAGUGAAAGGGGAGCAGGGCUUUGAGGGUCCCAGAGGGCCCCCUGGGAUGUCUGGCCCCUCUGGUCCACCAGGAAGUGAGGGUCCCCCAGGUCGCGAUGGCAGGCCAGGCCCUCCUGGACCCCCUGGUGAACCGACUGCAUUACCAAUUGUUGGCGACAUGGGGGCUUUACUCAAGAAUGCCUGCAGCGUUUGCCAGACGCGGGUGCCAGGGCUGCCCGGCCAGAAGGGUGAGAAGGGUUCUCCCGGGCUGACCGGUGUCCAGGGCAUGGAGGGCGAGAAGGGCGAUCAGGGUCUUCGAGGUCCAGUUGGUCAUCCAGGGAUAGAGGGCCCCAAGGGAGUGAAGGGAGAGCGCGGAUUCCCGGGGCCAAUGGGCGACAAAGGAGACGAGGGGCCCCCAGGUGUACCUGGAUUCCCUGGUGCUACCGGCCACACUGGUGCUCCCGGUCCAGUUGGAAGAUCUGGCCCUGUUGGCCCACCGGGGGCAAAGGGUGAAAGAGGCAAUGAAGGAACCCCUGGCAGGCCCGGUCUCCCAGGCCCUCCGGGCGUUCCCUAUGUGGAGGGCAAAGGGAUGAGCAGUCUGUACAAACUACAGAGUGGGGGAGCCAGCAUUGGACAACCAGGACCGCCAGGUCCCCCUGGGCCUAAAGGAGAUGAGGGAAGAGUGGGGGAGCCGGGUGCCAUGGGAUUGCCGGGGCUCGAGGGACUGCCUGGUGCCAAGGGGGAUCCGGGCAUGCCAGGCCCUCCAGGGACUCCCGGCCCUGGGGGGAAGCCAGGGCCGCGUGGAGAGCCGGGGAUCCCAGGCGAGCCGGGUGAACGAGGGCCAAUAGGAGAAACAGGAUUCCCAGGACCGGAGGGACCCCAUGGUGCUCCUGGGAGGCCUGGGAAAGAUGGCAUUCCUGGAUACGAGGGUGCCACAGGUAGAACCGGGGACCGCGGCUCCAAAGGCGAACGUGGCGAUCCAGGAAUCCCCGGUGAGCGGGGUGUGCAGGGGGAGAGGGGGGCGGACCGGAGAGCCAGGUACCCCAGGACAGAGGGGGCCCGGCGGACUCCAAGGACACAGGGGAGAUCCAGGUCCACCAGGACCCGCCGGUACCCCAGGACUCCCAGGGUUUCUGGGUGAUCCUGCAUCCAUGGAGGAAGUUAGAAGAUAUAUUCAAAAUGAAGUAGUGAGGAUUGUCGAAGAGAGGCUGGCAAGCUAUGCACAGCUGCAG